CCCAUAUAGAACUCAGUUUCUGUCUGAAUCUCGCCUGUAUCUCACCAGUUCCUGCGUGAGACAGGGAUGAGCGGAGGGAUGCAACAGGAGGUGGAGCCCCUGUGCUCCUCCGCCAUAGGCAACCCCGGCAUGCACAGGGACGCAGGAGUGCUCCUUGUGGGCCGAGAGAACCCAGAGGAGACGCAGGCGCGGAGCCUGGGCAGACCUGUCAAAUCCUCGAAACAGUAUCUGCGUCAGGUCAUUGCAGAAUACGAGGCGCUGGACCGAGAGCUCCCAUGUAUCCGGAAGUUCCCCAUGCCGCCUGCCGCUCAGCCGCUCUGUCUGUGCAUGGAGACCUUGCCUGAAGAGGACCUUACCCACGUGGAGGUGCUGGAGGCCCUGGAAGCCGAGUUCCCCGGGGCCAUGGAGAGUGGGCGCGUGAGCAGCAUCCGCUUUGAGAACAUGAACGUCAUCUGUGGGACUGCUGGGCGCCGGGACCGGUGGCUCAUCAUGGUCACGGACUUCCAGACUCGCUCGCGCCUGCUGCGCUCGGGGCUUCGACUCCGCGGGAACCUGUAUCCUCUCGUGCGCCACGACGAACUGCAGCUGAGCGAUUACCGCCUGCACCUGCGCCGCUCCCUUGUCCGACGGCGCAUGCUCGAGGCUCUGGGGGCGGAGCCGACCGAGGAAGACUGACAUUUGGGGGGGCGGGCCUCGGCUGCGCCUGCGCACCGCCCCACUGGCUCGGGAUACCCACCCGGAACCUCAGAGGAAAAGGGGAGUUGCCUCCCCAGGAAGGAGGCGGGGUCGGCUCGAGGGGGUGGAUACUGUGAGUUUAAUUAUAAAGAAUGACCUGGUACAAAAGCCAUUUCUCUCUGCAAAAUCUUGGUGGGGAGUCAGGGGGAGGGUGGUGAUGGGGGGUAGGGACGAACCCCCAUGGUAUAAUUCCGCCUCCCUAGUCUUCCCCCAGUCCCUGCGAAUGGACGC